AUGGAAGCGAGCGCAGGACAAUCAGAAAAAGCGAGUGGAAUGAGCAGUAGUGACUUUCGAAAGUAUGGUAAACAAAUGGUAGAUUAUAUUGCGGAUUACAUAGAAAAUAUACAGAAGAAGCGCGUAGUUCCCGCAAUUGAACCAGGAUAUUUGCGUGAUUUGUUACCUGAAACAGCUCCUCAACAUGCAGAAGUGUUUGAAAAUAUUCUUCGUGAUUUCGACAAAUAUAUCAUGCCAGGAGUCACCCACUGGCAACAUCCUCGAUUUCACGCUUAUUUCCCUGCAGGAAAUGCUUUCCCGAACCUUCUAGCUGACAUGGUUUCCGAUGCAAUUGGAGCAGUUGGCUUUUCUUGGGCAGCAUGUCCUGCGAUGACGGAAUUAGAAAUAAUUAUGCUGGAUUGGUUUGGCAGGAUGAUUGGCCUACCUGAUGCUUUUUUACCUUUCACUGAGAAUGGCAAGGGAGGUGGCGUUAUACAAGGUUCUGCAAGUGAAUGCAAUUUCGUAUCGUUGCUCGCUGCGCGAUUCGAAGUGCUAAAAGAGCUCAAACAGCGAUUCCCCUUUGUUGAAGAAGGGCUUUUGCUGUCCAAAUUAGUCGCAUACUGCUCGAAAGAAGCUCAAUCAUCUGUUGAAAAAGCUUGCAUGAUUGGCAUGGUUAAAUUGAAAAUUUUGGACACGGAUUCAAAAUUUCGCUUGCGUGGUGAAACAUUACGAAUUGCAGUUGAAGAUGAUCGUGACCUUGGUUUGAUACCUUUUUUUGUUUCCACCACACUUGGCACUACGUCCUGUUGCUCAUUUGAUGUUCUUUCCGAAAUCGGUCCAGUUUGUCAAGAAAAUGAUUUGUGGUUGCAUGUAGAUGGGGCAUAUGCUGGAAGUGCAAUGAUUUGUCCUGAAUUCCGACCGCUAAUGGAUGGGAUUGAAUAUGCCAUGAGUUCCAAUACUAACCCUAAUAAAUUCAUGCUCAUUAAAUUUAGUUUUGAUUAUUAA